UAUUUGUCGUCAGAGUAAUAGCACAUACAACAAUAUUAUGAUAGCCUCAACGAAACAUAGCACUAAUUAAAACAAGAAAGGCCUUCUUGUGUUUCCCGAUUCUGACACUGCUUCUCAUCUAUUCAAGUAGAGAAGUUGCAAUAGCAGAUCCACGUUUCCGUGCCACUGCUGCUAUGAAGUAGUGAACUCAACCACUGGUAGUUGUCAUAAUUCGCAGUAGUAACAGUUUAACAUGAAGCAAUGGAUUUGUCACCACUGUUCCUGGGAGAUACCGAAGCGCUCUCUCCACCACGCACGAGCAACACAGAUGUAGCCCUACAUAGAAAGCGCUUUCAUGUGGCACUGCCUUACGAGGAGCGCUUUGUCUCCCAGCCAACAGUAACCACCAACACGGGUGUAGCCACUACAACAACAACAAGCAACAUAGGUCAACAAUUUACCUUGUCUCACCAGCCAACAGUAACCACCAACACGGGUGUAGCCACUACAACAACAACAAGCAACAUAGGUCAACAAUUUACCUUGUCUCACCUGCUGGAGAGGCAAAAAGAAAUGUGA